GGGCGCCGCCAUAUUGGCGGAUCCUGGGCGCCGCCAUAUCGCGCCCGCUCCGCUCCGCUCGGCAGCUCCCCGGCGUCGCCGCGUCCGCCCCGGCCCCAGCCCAGCCAUGUCCGAGAGCUACGAUUUCCUCUUCAAGUUCCUGGUGAUAGGAAGUGCUGGUACUGGGAAGUCCUGUCUCCUGCACCAGUUUAUAGAGAAUAAAUUCAAGCAGGAUUCCAACCACACGAUUGGAGUGGAGUUUGGGUCGAAGGUGGUUAACGUCGGUGGGAAAACGGUGAAACUGCAGAUCUGGGAUACGGCGGGACAAGAACGGUUUAGGUCGGUGACUCGGAGCUACUACCGCGGUGCAGCUGGGGCCCUGCUGGUAUACGACAUUACCAGCCGGGAGACUUACAACGCACUGACUAACUGGCUGACGGACGCCCGGACCCUCGCCAGCCCCAGCAUCGUCAUUAUCCUCUGCGGGAACAAGAAGGACCUGGAUGCGGACCGGGAAGUGACCUUCCUGGAAGCCUCCCGCUUUGCACAAGAGAACGAACUCAUGUUCCUGGAGACCAGCGCGCUGACGGGGGAGAACGUGGAAGAAGCUUUCUUAAAAUGUGCCAGGACCAUACUAAACAAAAUUGAAUCAGGUGAGCUGGACCCCGAGAGGAUGGGCUCAGGCAUCCAGUAUGGAGACACCUCCUUGCGCCACCUGCGCCAGCCCCGCGGGGCCCAAACACAGAGCAAGCAGCCGUGCGGCUGCUAAGUGUGACGGCACCAGGAGUCUGUCUGCAACGCUGUACCUUGGCCAGUCGGGCCCCCCGGGGCUGAAGCACUUUCUCUUCUCUUCCCAGGACCACGUGCCUCGCUCGCUGAGCCCCCUGCUUCCCGAGCCGCCCGCCCCUGGGCCUCUGGCAAACUGCCCGUUUGAUUGUAUGCAGCCACGGUGUCUUCUGUCGGCCGCUCCCUGCCUGCUGCUUGUCCCCCUGAGCCUGGCGCGGGCCCGGCUCAAUAACGCAGAAGUAACGGGGCCCCGGCCAGCUGCCCGGAGCGAAUUGCUGCUCUGGGUAGGAGAGUUAACGCCAGGGCGAGGGGGGAGCGGGUUCUCCUUGGGAGAUGGUUCGUUUGGGGUUGUCUCCUGCUGCUCGGAGCUAGGCGGGUGGGGGGAGCUCGGGAGCGGUUCCCUGCAGCGUGCGGCCGGCUGGGUGGGGAUUUCUGUUACACUGGUUUUGCUUCUGAAGCCGGGGUCUGGCUCCGCCGGGCUCUGCCUCGUCUCACUGCUUUUCCCCCAGCCAGCCAUUGUGCUCCCAAGCACUGUGCUUGCGAACUCCGCCCUGCCCCGGGCGGUGUGACGGCGGGGCGGGGCUGGGCGGCUGGCGCGGCCCCUUUGAAAUACUGUAACUUAAUACUGGACCAUUGGCGGCUGGGGUCACUCCUGUCUCCGGGACUCUGACCUGGCUGGGAGCUGCUCUCGAAUGGUUUAGUCUCGUGCAAUGCCCGUGGCAGGAGCCCCCCUCGGGCUCGUGCGCCGAAUCCCUUGGGCGGGCGCUGGGAUCUGACUUUUACAACCCCCUGGCAGAUGUAACAGCACAUCCGCAUCUCAAACCAAGCCACCUACCGGGCCAGAAAGUCCAGGUCUCCUGAGCCGGGGUAACGUGCCCACAGCACCUUCCCCUCAAGGGGCCGGUUCGAAUCCGGCCCCGCGGGGUCCAGACCCAGGGUCACGUUUUCAAGAGUGCUGAAGGGACAAGCUCCUAAAGCACCUAGUGCUGAGUGUUAACCGCCUCUGGCUCUCCUCUGGCCCCUUCGGGGCUCCUGUAAUGGCCCCAGCCGGCUGAGAGGGGCUCGCCCUGCCACUGCCCAUCUCUACCCGCCCUGGGCCGAGUCUAGCUGGAGCCGGUGGCCUCCCUGAGCAGCCAGAACCCGUCUGCUUUGUCCUCACGCUGCCCCUUGCCUGCGCCCCUUCCCCGUCCCUCUCGCCUCCUCCGGCAGCAGUGAUCCCUGGCCCCCUCGUACAGCUCGGCCGGGCUACGGCCCCGGGGUCUCUCUCCUAAUCCUUGGCCCAAACCAUCGCAUGGCCCUCCUGGUAACCGCCAAACCGGUGAUACGCAAUAGGCGGCCCACAGGCCAAAUGUGGCCCACCCCGGCUUCCCGGGGGCCCGCCAGCUCCCCUUACAAAACGUGUGUAAUUCAAUUCAGUCCAUGAUGCGCUGCCUUAGCAAGCGACUUACCCAGCCUGAAGUUCUGGCGAGAGCGUCACCCCCGCCCCUUUUGUCGUUAGUGACGGAAACGGAGCCACAAACAAAUGCGACUGGGCGUAAAUGUCACCCAGUCGGCAGCGGAAACCGAGCUUUGAACCCGAACUGGCCAGCGGGUUUUCUCUGUUCCGUCGGCUCGUCGAGUUGCCAAACGGCCGUAUCCGUCUGGAAGGUCGCCACGGUGAAUCGAAGUAACUUGGCCGCGGCCUGUCCUCCUGGCAGUGUUGUAAGACGGGACAAAAUGGGAAACCUGCAGUCUGUGUAUUGCACUUCAAAUGUCCUUCUCACCCCAGCAGCGCCUGCAGGGAAAGCUGCAGCUGCUUCUCUUCGGAGAAUGUAGGUUCUGGCGCAGAAGAAACGGCCUUUCCUGGCUGCCGAGCUGGGACAGGAGGGCACGCUGGACGUGUGGGGGGAGCUUUUUGCCAGAGGUAAAAACAAAGGUGACACUGAACCGUAUAAUUCCACGGGAGGUAACUUGAGGGUUGUUUGUCAGCACUGCUUUCCGAUUUACAAAACGCCAAACGCCUCUGACUGUGGACGAAUCGAGCGAUUGACGGGACACUGCCCAGCCAUCGCUGUUUGCUAGAAUUUAUGAGCUAUAUUUUAAAACCCCCGAGGAUUUGCUUUUAUUCGCCAUCCCUUUGUCCGUGCCCGAGGGACCUCGCCCUUCUCAAGCACCGAACCUUCGCAAGCCAAUUGCCGAAGGGGUCUUUCAAUUUCCAGCACUCGGAUGUCUUGGCAAAAUUCAGAGCGGUGGGUCUUGGUGAUAGCAGAAGAAGGUCCAGGCCGGGUCAGACCAAAGGUCCAUCUAGCCCAGUGUCCAGUGACAGGUGCCGCAGAGGGAAGGAACAGAACAGGGAGCAAGUGAUCCGUCCCCCGUCGCCCAUUCCCAGCUUCUGAGCUUAAUAUACUGACCAGUUUGGGGAUGGUUAAAAGAUAGAUGGCUAGAUUCGGCUCAACGUCCUUCUGCCACCCUGGGUUUUCCACCGGGAACACGAUGAAAAACCCAGCACCCCAAUCGCCUGACGGACGUCCGCCUUGCCCUGACCACUCACAGCGUGCCCCAGAUCGCUGCCGUCCCCUCUCCCGUUGGAGAGUGCCACCCACAGGGGCUAAUAUCCGUUUGCAAACUUCAUUAGAAGAUAGAAACGCUCCUCCUGUUGUCAAUCAAGGUCUUUAUUUACACGCAGCUGAAACGUUUUUCAUUUUAUUUGGUCAGGUACUACCGCCCGCCUCUUGUCCUGACAUUCUCCGAUGGGCUGGGGGUCGAUCAAAUGGAGUAUCACGGGUGAGGCCCUCCUGUGUGGCCUGGGGCUAGUGCUGUGUGUGGUGGGGGGAUGGGGAGCCCAGCACAUCGUCUUGAGCAAGUCCCCUUCACGUGGCUCCAGAGAGCCCUGGGGGGCGUCUGUCCCUGGAUCAGGCUGUGCCCUGUUGAAAGGCUCCUGCGGGAGCGGGGAGGGGAGCAACGAUGGGGCCGCUGUUCGGAGAGGUGGGGUGACCCCCGACCGUGUGCUCUGGUGGGUCCGUCUGUUUUUAUGCUGAAGCUGCUGUUAUUUAUUAGGUGGGGGAGGACGGGAGGCUGCGGCCUUUGGCUUUCCUCGCACUCGGCUCUUGCCUGGCCCGUCCCAGGGCGCUGGGGGGAGGACGCAAGUGCGGCUCCGUCCAGCUCCUGACGCUGGGGUGGGGUGGGGAGAAAUGGCUGGAUCCAACCCGGUUUAUAAUUCACACCCUGUGAAAUUUCUUCUUUAAAAGAAAAAUCCCUCCGACUUCAGGCUGUGAAAAUGUGACUCGUUCAUAAAGUAUUAAUGUUUUCCA